AUGCGCGCCUCUGCCGUCCGCCGAGCCGCCAACUUCACCCUGGCCAACGGUGCCCAGAUGCCCAAGCUGGGCCUGGGCACCUGGAAGAUGACCAAGGAGCAGGCCACCCCCGCCGUCUCGCACGCGCUCAAGGUCGGCUACCGUCACAUCGACUGCGCCUGGGCCUACCGCAACGAGGAUGCCGUCGGUGCCGCCAUCGCAAAGUCUGGCGUCCCGCGCCAGCAGCUCUGGCUCACCAGCAAGCUCUGGAACAGCUUCCACGACCCGGAGAACGUGGAAAAGUGCCUCGACGCAACGCUCAAGGACCUCGGAACCGACUACCUCGACUUGUGGGAAAUGCACUGGCCCGUUGCGUUCCUCAACUCGAACGGGUCGCAGAUCCCGUCGGUGCGGUCGACGGGCGGUGCCCCGAUUGAGCAGCCGGAGCUGUCGCGCGACUUUAUGGUCACGUACCGGGUCAUGGAGGAGAUGGUCAAGAAGGGCAAGGUGCGCAACCUCGGCGUGAGCAACUUCAACAUCCGCCGCACCGGCCAGGUCGUCGAUGAGGCGUCGAUCAAGCCCAUCGUCAACCAGGUCGAGGUCAACUGGGGCGUCCACAACGAGGAGCUGCGCAACUAUGCGCACGCCCACGACGUCCGGCUGCAGGCCUACUCGCCGUUCGGCAGCAACCAGAACGCCGAAAAGUACCUCAGCGACCCGAUCGUCGUCGACGUGGCCCGCCGCAACAACAUGACGCCGGCGCAGGUCCUGCUGGCGUGGCAGCUCGGACGCGACAUUAUCCCGAUCGCCAAGUCUGUCACGCCCGCGAGGAUCGAGGAGAACUUCAAAGUCAUGGAGCUCGAGCUGCCCGCGGACGACGUCCAGCACCUCACCUACGAGGCGCAGAGCAAGCCCAUCGAGCGCACUGUGGACCCGACCCAGGGCUGGGACGUUGCCGAGGAGAUCUUCGAGGACGGCGUCGACCAGACUCGCGAGAUGGAGCUCAAGGGCGACGCCUACGUGCCCCCUCCGGCGGCCGAGUCGCCCGCCGAGUACCGCCUCGAGCCUCGCAACGCCCAGUCCUACCACACCAUGACCUCGUCGCUCUCCUCGACCCGAAGGACGACCGCCCUGCAGGAUGCCCUGGCGCGCCGCUCGCACUUCGGCCGCGGCUUCGCCAGCUCCAGCCGCUCCGCCGCCGUUGCCGAGGCCGCCCCCACGGCCGCCUCCGAGGGCCCCGUGGCCGGCGCCUCGAACCCGCUGUUGCGCACCACACCCGAGGCUGCACUCCAGACCCCUGGACUUGCGUUCGCCGAUGGAGAGGAGGGCAUCCAGAGAGAGACAAAGAAGACGAACAUGUGCACGGUGCGUACCUCGACUCCCCCAGCCAAGCCCCGCCGACAGCACACGACGCGGAAGACGUUCCUGUUCGAGCAGUACGCGAGCCUGUUGAGGGAGAGCCACCUCGCCGUCGUGCUCCAGCACAACAACCUGACGGUGGCCGAGAUGACGAAGCUGCGCCGCGAGAUUGCCUCGAUCAAGCUGCCCGAGGGCGAGACGAAGCGGGCCAGGCUCACCAUCGUCCGCUCCGGCCUGAUGAAGGCCGUGUGCCGGCGACAGACGCAGCAGGCCAUGAAGUCGAUCGAGCCCCUCUUUAGCGGUCCGAUCGCACUGCUGACCUGCCCACAUCUGUCGCCCGCGUACGUCAGCUCGCUGCUCAACGUGGUUGACCGAGCCCUCGGACAUACGCCGCCCAAGGCACCCGCCCGCGGCGCGGCCUUCCCCACCGCCGCCGUCGCCAACCCGCGAAUGGUGCCGCUGGCCGCCGUCCUCGAGACCAACCGGCUGAUGGAGAUGCCCGCCGUCCGCGAGGUCGGCAGGCUCGGCACCCUGUCGCAGCUCAGAGGCCAGAUCGUUGGCCUCCUCAGCGCGCCGGGGCAGCAGCUGGCCGGCGUCCUCUCGCAGGCGGCCGGUGGCAACCUCGCCCUGACCCUCGACGCGCACAAGCGGGCGCUCGAGGAGCAGAGCUCGCCCUCGUCGUCGUCGUCGGCGUGA